UAAAGCAUUAUUAGUUGAUUUGCAUUGCAGGUCUCACUUUUAAACAUUGUGGUGGAGUUGAAGAAAUGCUGCAAUCAUCCUUUCCUAUUUGAAAGUGCUGACCAUGGUUACGGUGGGGACACAAGUAUCAACGACAGCAGUAAGCUGGAGAGGAUCAUCUUAAGUAGCGGGAAGCUAGCUAUACUUGACAAGUUACUUGUUAGGUUGCAUGAAACUAAACAUCGGGUCUUAAUAUUUUCUCAGAUGGUAAGAAUGUUGGAUAUAUUAGCAGAGUAUAUGUCGCUUAGAGGAUUCCAGUUUCAGAGGCUUGAUGGUAGUACAAAGGCUGAGCUGCGCCAGCAAGCAAUGGAUCAUUUCAAUGCACCCGGUAGUGAUGAUUUUUGCUUCCUUCUUUCCACACGAGCUGGUGGACUCGGGAUCAACCUUGCAACAGCUGAUACAGUUAUAAUAUUCGAUUCUGACUGGAAUCCGCAAAAUGAUUUGCAGGCAAUGAGUAGAGCUCACCGAAUUGGGCAACAAGAGGUUGUUAACAUCUACAGAUUCGUGAUGAGUAAGAGUGUUGAGGAGGAUAUCCUGGAGCGUGCUAAGAGAAAGAUGGUUCUGGACCAUUUGGUGAUCCAAAAAUUAAAUGCAGAGGGUAGGCUAGAGAAGAAAGAAGCAAAGAAGGGGAGUUAUUUUGACAAAAAUGAACUAUCGGCAAUCUUAAGAUUUGGAGCAGAAGAACUUUUUAAAGAGGAUAGAAAUGAUGAAGAGAGCAAAAAACGAUUAUUAAGUAUGGAUAUUGAUGAAAUCCUUGAAAGAGCGGAGAAGGUUGAAGAGAAGGUGGCUGGAGGAGAAGAGGGGAAUGAAUUGUUGAGUGCUUUUAAGGUUGCCAACUUCUGUAGUGCUGAAGAUGAUGGUAGUUUUUGGAGUCGUUGGAUAAAGCCAGAAGCUGUGGCCCAAGCUGAAGAAGCUCUUGCUCCUCGUGCUGCAAGGAAUACCAAGAGCUAUGCAGAACCAAUCCAACCUGAGAGGGGCAGUAAAAGGAAAAAGAAAGGAUCCAAUCCUCAGGAACCUCCAGAGAGGGUUCAGAAACGUCGUAAGACUGAAUAUUCUGCCCCUUCUGUACCAAUGAUCGAGGGAGCUGCUGCCCAAGUGAGAGGAUGGUCUUAUGGGAAUCUGUCCAAGAGAGAUGCACAACGGUUUUACCGCGCAGUAUGCUUUUGCAGCUUUCAAUUUUUUCUAUUAACCAUUGGCUUUAGUACUUAAUUUUUUCCCCUUUUC